AUUAUAAUUUUUUUGUUGAUUUACCUCUAUUUUUCGUCUCUCUAUUUUUUGUCCUCCUUGCUUUUGAUUUGUUAUUUAAACACUAAUUUGAUUUUAUAUUUCAUAUUUUUGAAACGUAACAUCAAUUUUUGGUAGUGCACGUGUCUGUCUGUCUCCUCAUGAGCUUGGUGGACGUGAUGUCUGACACCGUGUGAACUUGUUAUGAGAGAAGCUACAGUUCUUCAAUGAGGAUAUCAGGAACUUUAUACUCAUCAUUAAAACCAUUAUAUUUGAAGCAAUGAGUUGUGACAGCGUUCCAUCCAAAUCAGAAGUCCAAAGCUGGGAUUCACAUCGGUUAGCAGACUUUCUGAAGAAAAGAGGUCUCACUGGAUGUGAUAAGGUUGUAACUCGAUAUAACAUAAAUGGACAACGGUUCUUGAGUAUGUCAGAAAAUGACCAUCAAAAGUUUCCUAAGCUUCAUGCACCGCUUGUCUCCAAAAUUUGUCAGGAAAUCAACAAAGAGAAGAAGAGAUUCUUUCCAACAAUGCCAACAAUAAAGACACAACCAGUUCCCAGCUAUCCGCAACCAACAGUUGAGAACACGCAUCAUGACAAUCAAGCAUGGGAUUCUGAGGAGUUUGAGAGUGAGGACGAUUAUGAAAAUCCGAAUUCUAAUAGUGAAGACGAGGCUAGCGGUGGAGAUUAUGAGACCCCUGAAGAUGCAACAGACAGUGACAACUACGAGCCCCCUCCAAGUGAACCUCCCGAUAACAGCCCACAUAUACUUCCUGCUAAAUCCAUGGAGAACAGCGAUUAUAUCGAUAAUAACCGUAGCCGUGGGAAGGGCAGGGCUCAUCCACCUGUGCCUCCAGAACGCCCUGGACCCCCAGAACGCCCUGGACCCGGUCUACCUCUUCCUCCUGUAGAGCGACCAAUUGUUGGACAACAUCCAAGAGAAGAGCGGACACCAAAAAGACCCCCUGCACCUGCUGUGGAUCGCAGAACCAAGCCUGGAGCACAGGACAGAGCCCAUCCUCCUCCUGUACCAGGUGGCAGUAGUUCACUGGACAGAGGUACCCAGCCACUAAGAAACAUUGCUGCUCCUCACAGACCUGCAGUAGAGAUUCCAGCAGAUCCAAUGAGAAUUCCCAAACCGUCACUCCCUCCAUCUGGAGUACGUAGGAGCGCCUCAUCCGUCACACCGGGCUAUACUCAAAACAGCAAACAACUUGAUCACAGAAACGAGUUUCAAGAUGACACUGCCAGACAAACCUCCAACACAUUUCCAAUGCACGCCCGAAAUCCAUCACCAAGACCGCCAGGAACACACGGACAGCCUUUUCAAAGAGACAGUGUUAGUCCAAGUCGAUCGCUACCAGCAAAACUACAAGAGGCUAUGACCGCUCAUCUGAAUAGUACAAGAGCAGCACCAGCACCACCACCUCAGGCUGACAUGGGGGGCAAACAGGAUAUGGAUCCAUCUUGGUAUGUGGGACAAAUCAGCCGGGGUGAGGCGGAGAGAUGUCUGAGAAAAGUUAACAGGGAUGGGACCUUCCUGGUGCGAGACAGCUCAAAUCGCACCUCUAACCAGCCCUACACACUUGUGGUACUUUACCAGGAUAAAGUUUACAACAUUCAGAUCCGCAGAACCCACGAAGGCUUUAUGCUUGGCACUGGUCUAAAAUCCUCAGAGACUUUUGAAAGGGUGAUUGACAUUAUCAACCAGCACAGACACAUGCCACUCCUUCUCAUUGAUGCCAAGAACCGAGUAUCAGGUCAACAGAACCAAUGUGCUCUGAUGUACCCAGCCGGAUAUUAAAUCUUUACCCAGGGAUCAUUUUUACAGGAUGGAAAUACAUCAUUGCAGCAACAUCUCUUGAUGGAUAUUUGAUUCAAUGUUUCUUUACUGAAACAAACUGAUGACAAUUACACAAUUUCAUGAAAUUUCAUAUGUUUCAAAUGUUUAUACACACUGAAAAAUCCUAGGUCGUUUCAAACCAUGGUUGGGUCAUACAUGGACAAUUUCUUGGUUAAUUUAAUACAAACCCAGCAUUUUAAGAGUGUAUAUUAAUAUUGUUUCGCUAUUAUACAAGUUUUCAUUAUAUCUCAAACUUAUUAACCUAGGGUAUUUUCUUCCUUUUUGUUUUAACUGAUCUAUGACUUUCUAUAAGUGACUUUUUGUUGCGUUGGUGCCACGUGAUCAUUAAAUCUGUAUGUAUAUUGAUAACGCAAUAAAGAUUACUCUAUACAUUUAAUAA